AUGCUCGUCGAAAAUGUCGGGUGGUUGCUUCAAAACAACCAUCCGACCUUGGGCCAAAUGUUUAGGCGACCGACGCCGCUCUUGUCCACCCUAGGCGCCCUCUUGAUCUUUUAUAUACUCAUCAUUUUUAUCCCCAAGCAGCCCGAUACUGUCUUUGGUUUCAGCUACGUCAAGAGCAGCUAUGACUGGUCGUCGUUGGUCCAGACAUACCCCGUCGAUGAAAUCACGCCGUUGCCGACCGGCUCGCCGCGCAAACUCCCCAGUGUGCAGCACGACUUUUCUUCCGACGAGGCGCCAAGCGAGGAGAGGCUGGCUGUCCUGGCAGAUCGACGAGCAGCUGUCAAGGAUGCGUUCAUAAAGAGCUGGGACAGUUACAAGGCUUCUGCUUGGAUGUACGACGAGUUGCGUCCCGUGUCUGGCGGCGGAAUCAACACCCUCGGUGGGUGGGCUGCUACACUGGUGGAUGGGCUUGAUACCAUGUGGAUUAUGGAUCUCAAGGACGACUUUUAUCAAGCCGUUGAGGCAGCUUGUACCAUCGACUGGGAGACCGCGGACACAUCAAUCAACAUGUUUGAGACCACCAUUCGACACCUGGGCGGCUUGCUGAGCGCAUAUGACCUUAGCAAGGAAACCGCCUUGUUGAAGAAGGCCAUUGAACUAGGUGACCUUCUGUAUGCUGGCUUUGAUACCUCCAAUCGCAUGCCGCCAUUCUGGCUAAACUUUGACGAAGCCAAAGACGGCGAGCUGGAGCCAGGAACCCAUGACCCUUCAGCGUCCGUAACCUCGUCUGGGUUGGAGUUCACCCGCCUGGCGCAGCUUACGGGAGACAACAAGUAUUAUGAUGCCAUUGACAGGGUGGCGCGGUUCUUGGAAAGCACGCAAAACGAUACGAAACUUCCAGGCAUGUGGCCGACUUUUUUGAAUAUGCGAACUCAGGAUGUAACGAUUGAGUCGGAUUUCACCUUGGGCGCACUGGCUGACUCGCUGUACGAAUAUCUUCUCAAGACAUUCAUCAUACUGGGUGGUCUAGAACCCAUGUACGAACAAAUGUAUCGAACCGCCAUGGACACAGUCACCGAGUAUCUCUUGUUCCGACCCAUGCUACCUGACCAGGACGAUAUUCUCUUUACGGGGGAUGUGUCUGUCAACUCAAACGCGGACAAGCCCAGGCUUACUGCAGAGCCGCAGCAUCUCGGCUGCUUUGUCGGCGGCAUGUACGGGCUAGGCGGGAAAAUAUUCGACAUACCCGAGCAUGUGACCUAUGGUGAGAAGAUUGCCAAGGGUUGUGCUUGGAUGUAUGAUGCCAUGCCCACCGGAAUUAUGCCCGAGGUGUAUAACCUCAUCGCGUGUUCGAGUCUCGAGCCGUGUGAUUGGGACGAGGAAACAUGGGCCGUUAAAAGCGACAGCACCAACACCCUCAAAAAGGGCAUCGUGGAUGCUGUUGACCCCCGCUAUCUCUUGAGACCAGAAGCCAUUGAGAGCAUAUUUCUCAUGUAUCGCAUAACGGGUGAUGCAGAGUAUCAGGAGAUUGCCUGGCGCAUGUUUCAAUCGAUCAAGAACGCGACAGAGACAUCAUUGGCGUUUGCCACUAUCAGCGAUGUUACUGUGACGGGCAAGACCGACAAGACCAAUUCAAUGGAGAGCUUUUGGUUGGCUGAGACGCUUAAAUACUUUUGGCUCAUAUUCUCAUCGCCGGACGUCAUCAAUCUAGAUGAAUACGUUCUCAACACUGAGGCACAUCCUCUUCGCCGCCCUACAUGA